AUGAAUGGUCCUUUCGGUGCAAAACGGACUGUUCCAGUAUUUGACGAUAUUCCAACAUUCCUUCAAAAUGCCACUAAUGAUAUCAAAACAGAUUAUUUCAAUAUUCUGAAUGACAACAAAAUGACGUUGAUGGAAAAAAAUAGUGCUGUUGAAACACUAGCAGCACAGAACAAUAAUCUGGAAGGUUAUUAUACUUGGGAAGACCAGCAAACUUACACACGCAAAUGGCUAAGCGACCACGUGAACACAAUUAUUAAAUCACUUCCUGAUGUGAAAUCCCAAAUGGAAAAGGUUAUAGCUGAUUUGACGCAAACCAGUAGGCUUCAACGAAAACGACUUUUCGAUUUGAACCAGAAGUAUUCGAGCGAAGUCACAGUUCUGAAUUUUAUAAUCAAUCAAGUUUUGAACGCGGCACCCCGUCAAGGUCAAUUCAACUCAAUGGCAAGCCCCAAAACGUAUGGCGAUUUUGACAAAAUCGCAUUAAACGGCGAUAAACUGCCUAGUCAACACACGUUCGGCGCAAUCAUCUUCAAGACGAAAAAAGGACAGCUGUUCAAAGGAAAAGCUGUCGCGACUAUCAUGUUGGCUUAUCAUGUUAUUCUACUGGUUCUUCUAGUAGCAGUAAUUCCAGUUGGCUCUAAAACUGCUCAGCUGGUAUACAAACGAUUCACCGCUGAAACGUGUCGAAACAACCCUUGCUUGAAUGGUGGAACCUGUAUACCUGGCAAACUUGCCUGCCAAUGUUCGCAAGGAUGGAUGGGUCGAUAUUGCCAUAGAAAGUGUCGUAACAUCUACAAAAGUUGUGAUCGAUGGGCAAUGGAAGACAAAUGUCAUACCGUUUUAACUCAAACCAACUUUUUUGACGUCAACUGCGCGGUUUCAUGCAAAAUGUGUACCCCUGAUCCAAACUACCAAGCGCCUGAAAUCCCAUUGGCGCCGGCUUUAGAGCCAAUGCAGUUCUUCUUGGGAAAAUGGCACUCUCAAGCGUCAAAAGGUCUUCGAUUCCCAACCGAUCUUUACGAUAAUGAGUACGAGGAAACCAUUGAUUUCGCCCCAGCGACCGUUCCCAUGUUCGGUCCACCUUCUUUGAAUUACACGAGUAUUUCAUGGAUCGGAGAUGAUACUCGAGUUAUGCACGGAUUCAUCACAUUGAAACCGAACUCGUUCCCACCAGAAGUUGCAAUCCUCAGCACCAGCAAUGAAGGUUUGAAUAUGAUUGAAUUGGGAACACUGAAACACCACGUUUUAACUCUUAAUGUUUCGUAUAUGCAAGUUCAUCCCACAAUGGACAGUACCGUGCUACCACUUGGGGCUACCAGAAGAUUCCGUCGAGUAGGCUCUUUGUUAGAAAUGACAGUUGCUAAGCUAUUCAAUAAUAAUAAGGUUUCUCAAUUCAAAAAGAUGUUCAAAAAGAUUGCAGACUACGCUUUCUAA